CAAAAACACUGUGUUACCAAACAUCAACGUGCUCAUGUAACCAGUUGUGUUACGUGUGUCAUUGACUGGGCGGCUACAGUUGCAGACAUUUCGUUUGCGAUUCUUAGUGAAGUUAAAAUCUAUUUCUUUUUCGUGUUCAAGUACAAUCAAGGCGUCUAAACUUGAAGCUUUACCUCCUGCAUGUUGAUCUGUGUGCGGACGACGUACGUAUUUGACAAAUAUUAGCUGUUUCAAUGAAGAUUUCCUUCAUUCAUGUCGGUUUUUUAUGCUCAUCGUUUUUAUCUGCAUCGAGCCGAUUGUUAGUUCUUUGGCCCGGCCAGACUCUCAUUUUGUCGACCACCGCAUUCAUCGGAGAACCGAUCAUGUCUGGCAAAAAACGUAAAGCGACAUCUUCCGCUGGAAGUCAGGAGCCCGAUGCCAAGCAGCCGAAGGUGGCCUCAGAGAAGGAGGAGAAGCCGAAGAAAGCUGCAGGUUGGCUGCAGAGCCUCGUGAAGCAGCAGAGGGCUGACAAGAAGGAGAUGAAGUUCAAUAAAAAGCGCCAGCGUUAUAUAACCGACACCGAGAAGAUCAAGCAGGGCUGUAAAGGGGUGCUUUACUGGAUGUUAAGAGACCAGAGAGUCCAGGAUAACUGGGCACUGAUCCGUGCCCAGCAGCUGGCUGCAAAGGAGAAUCUCCCUCUGCAUGUGUGUUUCUGUUUGGUGGUCCCAAAAUCAGAGCUGUCCACUCUGAGGCAUUAUGGCUUUAUGCUGAAGGGUCUGGAAGAAAUUGCAAAGGAAUGCAAACAUUUAAACAUCCAGUUCCACUUGCUGCAUGGUGCAGCAGGCGACGUCCUCCCCGGCUUCGUGUCCGAUCGUGGCUUCGGGGCCGUGGUGACAGACUUCUCCCCCCUCCGAGAACCUCUGCAGUGGUUAAAAGACAUAGAAAAGAGCCUUCCAAAAGAUGUUCCCCUCAUACAGGUUGAUGCCCACAACAUCGUUCCCUGCUGGGUGGCAUCCCCUAAACAGGAGUAUUCUGCCAGGACCAUCAGAGGGAAAAUCACCAACGCCUUGUCAGAGUUCCUGACUGAUUUUCCUCCUGUGGAGAAGCACCCUCACACAGCAGCAAGCUCAGCUAAACCGGUGGACUGGGACAAAACCCUGGCUUCCCUGCAGGUUGACAAAGCGGUCGGAGAGCCGCAGUGGGCCAAGCCGGGAGCGGAAGCCGGGAUGAACAUGCUGGAGUCUUUCAUCGAUGUUCGUCUUAAACUGUUCAGCACCCAACGCAACAACCCCAACGUGGCGGCACUCAGCCAGCUGUCACCGUGGCUCCGCUUCGGCCAUGUCUCAGCCCAGCGUGUGGCGCUGCAAGUUCAGCGUUGUGGGAAGAGCGCAAGUCAAUCCAUCCCCCCCUUCAUCGAGGAGCUGGUGGUGCGGAGGGAGCUGACAGACAACUUCUGCUUCUACAACAAGAACUACGACAGGGUGGAGGGCGCUUAUGAGUGGGCUCAGAAGACUCUGAAAGAUCAUGCCAAAGACAAGAGAGAGCAUCUCUACACACGAGAGCAACUUGAGAAAGCAAAGACUCAUGACAAGCUAUGGAACGCAGCUCAGUACCAGAUGGUCAGUGAGGGGAAGAUGCACGGUUUUCUGAGGAUGUACUGGGCCAAGAAGAUCCUGGAGUGGACGACCUCACCAGAGGAGGCGCUGUCCAUUGCGCUGUACCUCAACGAUCGCUAUGAGCUAGACGGUCAGGACCCGAAUGGCUUUGUGGGCUGUAUGUGGUCCAUCUGCGGCAUACAUGACCAGGGCUGGGCAGAGAGACCUGUUUUUGGAAAAAUCCGCUACAUGAACUACAAAGGCUGCCUUCGAAAGUUUAAUGUAGCCGAGUUUGAGAGAAAGUACUGUCCCAAAAAGGCUUGAAAUGUUAUCAAUACCUUCAUCUCCCACACCUCUGCCUCAGGGAGCAUUUUUACAGCCUUUUUUAGCUGUGGAUGUUUUCUCUUUGUUCGGUUCUGCAUGUUCUGUAUAAAACGCAGAAGAUUACAGUUUGGGUUGUUGCAGGUAAUGAAGAGUCUCCAUAUUUAUCAGAACUUGAAGCCGUUUGUAGUAAACAGUAACUUAAAGUUAUAGAUGGUGCUCGUUGAAACUAAAUUCAUAUGAUUUUUUUUAUUUACUUUGUUUCAAUGUUGCCUUUUAAAUUCCUUUUUAUAUUAUUAGUUUUGUCUUAAAUAAAACUGUUAUGGUAGAACUUUCAGUCUUUUUUUGUAGCCUGGUUUUCUAUAUUCUUGAUAAGCAAAUUCAUAUGAGAUGUAAUUUGUUGUUUGAUGUUACAACUUUGUGUGUGAUACAUUUUUCUUGCUGUAAGAUCUAAACCAAGACAUGCAUUACUGUACAACAAUAUUCAGAUUAUGACCCACGGUGACUCUGUAUUGUCUUUAUUUUCAGCUCUGAUCAAGUAAAGCAAAAUUUUGGUUCA